AUGCUCCCCCCCAAGCCACAAACCCAAUCCACCGAAAACCUCCUCCUCAAAUGCCAAAAAGAAACUCACAAGAAAUGCCUCCCCCCCGAAUGGUCCAUCCACCCCCCCAACAAGGAAAUCCUCCCUCCCCACGACACCCUCGCCCUCGCCAUCCAAAUCGACUCCUCCUCGCCCUCCACCCGCAUCAACUUCCUCGAGGCCGCUUCCAACCGCUCCGUCGGCUCCAUCCUCGGCGCCGAAUACCGCGGCUCCAUCGUCGUCGUGCCCUGGCGGCCCGGCCUCAAGUUUGUCUGCGUCGCGACCUGCCGGAGGCGCAGCGGGUGUCGCGUCGGGGUGGUGAGAGAGGCUAAAAGAGGAGCUGCAGCAGCAGCGUCAGCGCAGAUGAAGAAGGAUUCUGCUGUUGCUGCUGCUGCUACUGUUGCCGCCGCGAAGAGGAGUGUUGGCGGAGGCAGAAACAUGGGCAGUGACAAGGCCCUUGACGUUAAUCAUGGCCAUCAUGCUGCAGUCUCUCCUGCUAGUAGUAGUGGCAGUCCGACUAGGAGUCGUAUUCCCACUCCCAAAGGGCAGCGCAUGAGCAUCAAGAAAUACGAAAAUAACAGACACGUGAGCGUCAACGCUGCGAGGACUAUUGGGACCAAGUCGAGAAUCCCAACGAGGCGAGUCGUCGCACAAAGCUGCUGCUAG